CUCGCCGUUCGAGUCAAUGCGUCGCACCAUCGCGAAAUCAGGAUCGUAUCGUUCACACGACACAAUUGUGUACUCCACAAACAUACAAACCACCACAGGCUUCAGUUACUUGCACAAGAGACGAGACGGAGGCGCAGCGGACGCCGCAAGCAACGCACGCUCGACCCGAGCGAGAUGGGUUCUCUUCGCUUCCUCCUUCUCCCAAUCCUCCUCUUCCUUGUCCUCCUCGGCGCCGACGACCAUGCGGCGGUGCUGGCCGCCGACGACCAGUUCACCUACAACGGCUUCUCCGGCGCCAACCUCACUCUGGACGGCCUGGCCGCCGUGGCCCCGAACGGCCUGCUGGCGCUGAGCAACGGCACGAGCCAGGCGGCGGGGCACGCGUUCCACCCGACGCCGGUCCGCAUGCGCAACGGUACCGUGCAGUCCUUCUCGGUGGCCUUCGUCUUCGCCAUCGUCUCCAACUUCACCGUGCUGAGCGACAACGGCAUGGCCUUCGUGAUCGCGCCCAGCACCAGGCUCUCCACCUUCAACGCCGGGCAGUACCUGGGCAUCCUCAACGUCACCGACAACGGCAAGCCCGGCAACAACAUCUUCGCGGUGGAGCUGGACACCAUGCUCAACCCGGAGUUCCAGGACAUGAACAGCAACCACGUGGGCGUGGACCUCAACAGCAUGCGGUCCGUGCAGAACCACUCGGCCGGGUACUACGACGACGCCACGGGGGUGUUCCAGAACCUCAGCCUCAUCAGCCGCCGGCCCAUGCAGGUGUGGGUCGACUACGACGGCGCCACCACCCGGCUCGACGUCACCAUGGCGCCGCUCGACGUGCCCAGGCCCAAGAGGCCGCUCAUCUCCGCACCGGUGAACCUCUCGGGGGUGGUGACCGACACGGCGUACGUCGGGUUCUCGGCGGCCACCGGCGUCAUCUUCACGCGCCACUACGUCCUCGGCUGGAGCUUCGCGGUGAACGGCGGCGCGGCGCCGCCGUUAGAUAUCUUGAAGCUGCCCGCGCUGCCGCGGUUCGGGCCGAAGCCGCGGUCCAAGGUUCUGGAGAUCGUGCUCCCGAUCGCCACGGCGGCGUUCGUGCUCGCGCUAGCCGUCGCCUUCUUCCUGUACGUGCGGACGCGGGUGCGGUACGCGGAGGUGCGCGAGGACUGGGAGGUGGAGUACGGCCCGCACCGGUUCUCGUACAGGGAGCUGUACAAGGCCACCAAGGGGUUCAGGAACCGGCAGCUGCUCGGCACCGGCGGGUUCGGCCGGGUGUACAAAGGCGUGCUCCCGAAGAACAACCUCGAGAUCGCCGUGAAGCGGGUGUCGCACGACUCGAAACAGGGGAUGAAGGAGUUCAUCGCGGAGGUGGUGAGCCUGGGCCACCUCCGGCACCGGAACCUGGUGCAGCUGCUGGGGUACUGCCGGCGGCAGGGGGAGCUGCUGCUGGUGUACGACUGCAUGCCCAACGGCAGCCUGGACAAGUAUCUGCACGACAGGACCCGGCCCGUGCUGGACUGGGCGCAGCGGUUCCAGAUCAUCCGGGGCGUCGCGUCGGGCCUGCUGUACCUCCACGAGGACUGGGACAAGAUCGUCAUCCACCGCGACAUCAAGGCCAGCAACGUGCUGCUCGACGCCGACAUGAACGGCCGGCUGGGGGACUUCGGGCUGGCGCGGCUGUACGACCACGGCGUCGACCCGCAGACGACGCACGUGGUGGGCACCAUGGGGUACCUGGCGCCCGAGCUGGUGCGCACCGGCAAGGCGACGCCGGUGACGGACGUGUUCGCCUUCGGCGUGUUCGUGCUGGAGGUGACCUGCGGGCGGCGCCCGCUGGGCAGCUUCGCGGCGGACGACCAGAACGUGCUGCUGGACUGGGUGCAGGAGCACGAGCGGCGGCGCGCGGCGCUCGACGCCGUGGACCCGCGCCUGUGCGGCAAGUACGACGCCGACGAGGCAAGGAUGGCCAUCAAGCUGGGGCUCAUGUGCGCGCACCCGCUGCCCGACGCGCGGCCCGGGAUGCGGCAGGUGACGCAGUACCUGGAGGGCGAGGUGGCCAUGCCGGAGGUGGUGCCGACCUUCUUCAGCUACACCACGCUCGCGCUCAUGCAGAACGACGGGUUCGACUCCUUCGCCGUGUCCUUCCCUUCCACGGUCAGCACCGACGCCAGCCCCGUCUCCGGCGACGUGUCGGCCGUCUCCGGCCUCUCCGGCGGGAGGUGAAUAAUAAAUAAACGUAGUAACGUAUGAUACGGCGAUUUCUCUGUACUGUACACCUGUACGUUUUCUCGUGUACUUACUUAGCGUGAUACAGAGCACUAGUGACACUGCUUACUACUACUAGAACCUAGUACUGGAUGAUUAGAUUGAUGCUCGUGUAAACUGCAACCAGCGAGUGCGAUGUUUCUGAAGUCAUCGCAAACAUCAGCGCGACGUCCGGUUCCAGUGCCAUGCUGCACGUCAGCAAUGGAGAUGCGAA